AUAAAGCAGUUGGAGAGGGGCGUCGUUCACAACUUCUUGUACAGGUCGGUUGCGAAGGCAAGCUCGUCUUAGAGUGUACUCAGGUUAAAGGACUAGUACUCUCUACAACGGUACUGUGGACGCAACGGAGCGACCCGAAAAUUUAUCCGUAAUGAUGGGCCUUACGAAAUUCCUUGUCGUAAUCGCUUUCUUCUCUUCAUCGUGUGCUGCGUUGGUGUACAGGACUGGUGAUCCAUGUGACUUCACAGACGUUCCACUGGAUGAGGAGAUGUUUUCCAAGCUGCUUGCCAACCUUCCAGAAGAUCUCGAGUACGGCCCCGAGGCGUUUCACCCCAUCCUCCCAGGAAUUGAAGUCAGUCGAAGAAUUACUAUGCGUGGCCUGAACAAACUCCGCCCGUUCGGGGCCCCAAUUCCCUACUGCGCCAAAGGAAAGCGCAUGGUGCAAGUGGACUUCUACAAUAUUGAACCUAUAGAAUUCUCCACGCCAUUUAAGACUUGCUCUGGCCAAGAAGGAGAGAUACUUCUUCGCUCCAUGUUCGUGCGGUUCACAGCCCUAUUUACCAUUGCCGAGUCCACUGGCGAAGGAGUGAACCUGAAAUUCAGACGUGCACUUCCUGUUACAACACAGACCAUCCGUGCUGUUGUAAAAGGUCUUGGGCCUGUUGUGCUCCAUACUAGUGAAGCACUGAGUGCACUCCUACCAAGUGUUCUUCAAGAAGCUUGGGACAGCCAAUUUCCGUAUAAUAUUGGCAGGUCCUUCAGUAAGGCACUUGAGUGAAAUGUGCACAAUAAAAAAUAUCGCUGUUGCGACACCGAAACUCAACGUGAAAACCCAACACUGUCUUGUAAUCAUGUCAUUUUUUUCUAACUUCAAGGAACCUAAUAAAAUAACUUACGUUGCUAGA